UCUCUUUAGAAGUGAACUAACACUCAAAGUGUAUAGCGAUGCACAAAUAACAUUUCUUAACAUAUCUCCAAAAAAGAUAAAAAAAAAUUGUCAUGGCAAAACCUCAUGUUCUACUCAUGCCGGGUCCAGCACAAGGUCAUGUAGUUCCUAUGAUGGAGCUUGCACAACGUUUAGUCAAAAAAGGUGUUAAAAUUACAUUCAUAAACACAGAUUUCACUCACGAGGCAGUGACAAAAAAUUGGUUUGAGAAACAUGGUACCUGUGAUGAUGUAUUACAAAUGGUUUCACUCCCAGACGGGCUCGAACCAGGGGAGGAUAGAAAUGAAUUUGGUAAGUUAAUGUUAUCAUUACAACGGUUUACAUCUACCAAGUUGAACGAACUUAUAGAGACGAUUAAUAAAGACGAGGAUAACAAAAUAACAUGUGUUAUUGCUGAUUGUUGGAUGGGAUGGGCUAUACGAGUCGCGAAAAAGAUGGGAAUUAGAGGAGUAGCCUUCUGUCCUGCUUCAACUGCAACAUUAGCCACCAUGAUGAGUGUUAAGCAGCUUAUUGAUGAUGGAAUCAUAAACAAUAAUGGCACGCCACGAAAUAGUGAAUUGAUUCUGCUAUCAGAGACUAUGCCGCCGAUAAAACCUGAAAACCUCAUAUGGGGAUGUAUUGGUGACUCAACAGAUACGAAAGUUCAUUUUGAAAUUACAGUAGAAACUAUGGAAGCCGUCAGGAUGACCGAUUGGAUUCUAUGCAACUCAGCUGUUGAACUAGAACUUGCAGCCUUUGGAAUGUUCCCACAGUUGGUACCAAUUGGCCCGUUACUAGCAAGCAACCGGCUUGCUGAUCAAGAAGGCCAAUUUUGGCAAGAAGACUCCUCUUGCUUAGAAUGGCUUGAUAAACAACCGCCGUGUUCAGUCAUUUAUGUCGCAUUUGGGAGCAUUGCUAAUAUAAACCCAACUCAGUUUCAAAAAUUAGCAAUUGGUCUUGAGCAUAGCAACAGACCAUUCUUAUGGGUUGUAUGGCCCAGUACAACUAAGGAGACUACAAACGGUUACCUGAAUUGUUAUAUGGACCGAGUGGGGUCUCGUGGAAAAAUCGUGAGUUGGGCACCUCAACAAAAGGUUUUAGCUCAUUUUUCUGUAGCUUGUUUCAUGACUCAUUGUGGCUGGAACUCGACUAUAGAAGGUGUGACAAAUGGAGUUCCUUUUUUAUGUUGGCCCUGCUUUGCUGAUCAAUUUUACAACGAGACAUAUAUAUGUGACAUUUGGAAAACCGGGCUUGGAUUAACCAAAGAUGAAGCUGGUAUCAUUACACGAGACGAAAUUGCAAGCAAGGUAGAGCAGUUACUCAGAGACACCAAGUUCAAAUCUAAGGCCUUAGAUAUUAAACAAAAGGUUGCGACUAGUGUCACAAAAGGCGGAUGCUCACACGAAAAUCUUUCAAAAUUUAGUGAGUGGAUACAUAAUACAGAUUCCAAUGCCAAGGAUCAAUAACUUGAUGUGAACAAAGCUAUCUUUUUGGGUUAAUCGGGUUUUGUUCACGGGUUACGGGUCUGUAAACGAUUUCAUAUAGUUUUGUUGGUUUGUUUUAGUAUAGUUUUGUUGGUUUGUUUUAGUGUGUGUCUAGAUGAGUAUUUACUUAGGAAAAUUUCAUAUUUGUCAUUGGUAAGUCAAAAAAUAUCAUAUUUGUCCAAUUAAAUUUUGAAA